AUAAUCAAGUUUAACGAUGAUCACAACUUUGACAGAGUGAUAAAUCAUUAUUGUUCUGUCAUGUUAGAUGGAAUUCAAGUCGUUUAUUCAAUAAUCGCUGGCCAGGAAAAAUCUGGCCAAAGUAAUGAAAUAUUUAGAAUUGACUAACUUUAGAUAAUUGGCAUUUUAAUUUCUAAGUUGUGAUAUGUGAAGUAGAAUUGACUAACUUUAGAUAAUUGGCAUUUUAAUUUGUAAGUUGACUAAGUUGUGACAUGUGAUAUGUGAUGUGUGAUAUGUGAAGUUUUUAGAAUUGACUAACUUUAGAUAAUUGGCAUUUUAAUUUCUAAGUUGUGAUAUGUGAAGUAGAAUUGACUAACUUUAGAUAAUUGGCAUUUUAAUUUGUAAGUUGACUAAGUUGUGACAUGUGAUAUGUGAUGUGUGAUAUGUGAAGUUUUUAGAAUUGACUAACUUUAGAUAAUUGGCAUUUUAAUUUCUAAGUUGUGAUAUGUGAAGUAGAAUUGACUAACUUUAUAUAAUUGGCAUUUUAAUUUCUAAGUUGACUAAGUUGUGAUAUGUGAUAUGUGAUGUGUGAUAUGUGAAGUUUUUAGAAUUGACUAACUUUAGAUAAUUGACUAACUUUAGAAUUGACUAAGUUGUGAUGUGUGAUAUGUGAAGUAGAAUUGACUAACUUUAGAUGAUUGGCAUUUUAAUUUCUAAGUUGUAGCAGUGUAGUGUGUGUUUCAGUUUCGGGAUGUGAAACUUUUCGUUCCAUUGUUAUGACAUUGGUUUAAUUAGACCUUUGCAUGCUAUGAGCCUAGCUAUUCUGCUUUACAACUUCCCAAUCCAUUAGUUGACUCUUUAUUUGCUCUCGAACACAUGACAAUAAGCUUUACAAGUUAAGCAUCAUCUUUUGCCUUGAGUUAAUCAGUUGUGCCCCUUAGGCACUGUUUCAAUAAAAUCAUUCAAUUGUAAAAGGAACUUAUGGGUGCUUAACCUGGCUUUUACGAACAUAUGAUGUCUGACCUUUAUAUUCUAACCUUUUGUAAUCCUAAUUUGGUUGUUGAUUAAAGUGGAACCAAAUAUUUCAUACUUGUAUACCCUCAUUAUUUGUAUGUGAUAGAAAAAGAGGCGCAAGCUGAUAACUUUUUGUGCUAAAUUCAUGACAAUCUAAAAACAGUAAGUACCAAGGAUAAUAAGAUAUGUGUGAUAUUUUGAGUCUGAUAACACCACCUCCUUAUAAGGUUUGAGGGUGAGUGGGUCCAAUUCCUGUUUAGUUUGUGCUAUUGGCUUAAAGAAAACUAAAGGGAGAUGAUAUGAUUCUACCAUUUGUGGUGGUUUGCCGGUAUUUCUCAUCAAGAACUUGGUGGUUGAACCUUGAAAUCCUAUAUUCCAUUAAGCAAAUAUUAUCAAAGCUGAAAAGGUAUUCUUUCAGCAUUUUGUGUGGCAUGCUUUUAAGCCAUUUACCUUCUUUUUAGCGAGAAAAGAUUUAUGCUUUCGCCUUUUGUUUUCUAUUCUUUUGUUAAAUUUCUUACUGAUAAGUUUGUCUGUCAAAUGAUGUUGAGUUGAAUGCUUUCUUCAAAAAGUGUAUAGAUGUCGAAGUUGAUCGCUCGUCGUAGGAGUGUGACCAAUGCGCCUCCCGCAUUAUCAGCAUUUACUGCUCCAUCCGUGAGUGCUCCAUUGAAUGGGGAGACUACACCCCUUACUGAGUCUACUGCUACGGCAUCCCAGGUGCCUGUAUCAUCGACGUCAUCAGUGUCGGUUCAGUCGCACAGUGCACGGCGGCCUCAUCGGCACCGCCGCGAUUUGGAGCCUUCAUCAUCCAGAGUUGAGGAUGGGGGCUCCCAGCCAGCUAAAAAAAAACCAGGGGGCCUAAUCGAAUGCUGAAGACGGCACAGAAUGUACGUCUGUCUGCCUCCUUGAUCAAGAUUGCAUAUGACUCGCGACAUCGUGGAGCGGCUACCUCACAGCAACAUAGCAUCGUCGCUACUAGCUGUGGUUGUGUUAUUCGGGAUUGUUGUCCUAUGCAGUGGGAGACUUGGGCAGAAAUUCCUCAGGAGACGAAGAUACUGGUGCGAGACAAGUUGUCGGUCAAUUUUGAUUUUAAGGACAUAUCCCCUGAGGUCAUCACCUACUUAGACGAGACCUUCGCAAAUCGGUACAAAAAUUGGAAGAGCGAUCUUCAUGCGCAUUUUAAGAAAUUUAAUGAUCCAGAGGUUGCUCGCCUACAGGGUUGCCCAUCCGACUUGAAGGAUCGGCCAGAGGAUUGGGAAUGGCUCUGCAACCAUUUUACGGACUCAAAAUUUGUGAAGAAAUCUGUUGCUGGCAAGAAAGCUCGGGACUCUAAGACACUUCUCCACCAUUCCGGUUCGAAGCCCUUUUCGUAUAGGAUUGAGACACGACGUCAGGAGGGUUCUAAGUUCCCAGAGAUCGACGUGUUCAAGGACGUUUACGUUCGACCUGGCAAUGAGAUCGCUGAGCAGCUUCAUGCUACUAUGGUGGAAAAGGGCGAUGCUGUUAUCCAAGAAGCAACAUCGCAACUUCCCUUGGAAACCCCGAUGGAGGACGUCACUUUACCCGAGGAUGUAGGUUUUCAGAUCAUGACUGAGGUCCUGGAUCAAAAGUACGGUCGUCGUCAUGGCAAGGUUGUUCGGGGUAUGGGGAAGGCGCGGGUUCGUGAGACGGGUGCCUCUUCUUCUAAAUCGACCACAGGAGAGGUCAACGCCCUGAAGGAGGAAGUGACAACCCUUAAAGGUCAGCUUGCAGCCCAGGACGAGCAGAUAAAGGCCCAAAGUGAGCAGAUGAGGGCCCAGAGCGAGCAUAUAAAGGCGGAGAACGAGCAGAUGAGAGCUGAGAACGGACAGAUGAGGGCCCAGAUGAGUAUGAUUGUACAGGCCUUAGUGGUGUCCGGUCUCCAAAUCCAGCUGCCAGCACCUGAUCUUACUCCACCUUCGACCUCCCAGCCACCUCACCUACCCGAUACCCAGUAGUUUUCAAACCUAGAAGACUACUUGUUGUAGUUUUUUCUUUUUUUGCUUAGACAUCUUGUAUGCACAUUUUCAUAUAUAUGGUUUAUA